CGGCGUGACUUGGACACAACGCCGCCGGGGAAUUGUAGAGGACCACGAGAAAAUAAUGCUUUCUUCUGUACAGUCGUGUGGUCUAAGGGUAGAAAAGCCCUCUCAUACUUUGCCUGUCUGCGCCACAUCUGAGCCACAGGGCUGCACUCGUACACCUCAGGGAAUAAGGAGGAGAUGGAAGAUUUCUGGGCCGGGGCCCUCUGGGUGCUGAGGGUUUGGCUGUACCUCGUCGUCAGCCUCAUCAUGAUCCCGGCCAUGUUCGGCUUCUCACUGGGCGUCUCCGAGACCUACAUGACCAUCCUGGUCAAAACCUUGGAGUGGGCCACUCUGAAGAUGCAGAAGGCGAACGCAGAUGAACGAACACUGAAAGCCUCUGCAUCUAAUGGUCUCAUCCUGAGGGAAGAUGGCUCUAUGGAGAAAGAGUUAGAGGAACUUAGACGAAGUCGCCCCAAGCCACCAGUGGGUGGUGAUUUUACACUCAGUGACUGUUUUUAUUUCACCCGGAGAGGAAUUGAGAGCAUUGUAGAGGAUGAGGUGACCCAGCGGUUCACCUCAGAGGAGCUGGUGUCCUGGAACUUACUCACUCGCACCAACAACGAUUUCCAGUACAUCAGUCUGAGGUUGACACUGGUUUAUAGCCUCGGCAUCUUUGUGAGAUACUGCAUUCUCGCCCCGCUCAGGAUAACACUGGCCUGCAUUGGCCUGAGCUGGUUGGUUAUAGGAACAUCGGCAGUUGGGUUACUUCCAAAUUCAAGGAUUAAGUCUUGGCUCAGUGAAUGGGUCCAUGUCAUGUGCUACAGAAUCUGUGCUCGAGGACUCUCUGCUGCUAUCUGCUAUCACAACAGAGAAAAUAAACCCAAAAAAGGAGGGAUCUGUGUUGCCAAUCACACCUCCCCUAUCGACAUUGUGAUUCUCUGCAACGAUGGGUGUUAUGCUAUGGUGGGUCAGGUCCAUGGAGGGUUGAUGGGAGUUGUUCAGAGAGCCAUGGUGAGGUCCUGUCCUCACGUCUGGUUUGAAAGAGCAGAGAUGAAAGAUCGCCACCUAGUGACCAAAAGGUUGAAGGAUCAUGUGAAUGACAAGACAAAGCUUCCCAUAUUGAUAUUUCCAGAGGGAACCUGCGUCAACAACACAUCUGUCAUGAUGUUUAAGAAGGGAAGUUUCGAAAUUGGAGCAACAAUAUAUCCAGUAGCCAUUAAGUAUGACCCAAAGUUUGGAGAUGCUUUCUGGAACAGUUCCAAGUACAGCAUGGUCAAUUACCUGCUGAGGAUGAUGACCAGCUGGGCCCUUGUCUGUAAUGUCUGGUACUUGCCAGCCAUGCAUCAACAGGAGGGGGAAGAUGCUGUCCAGUUUGCCAACAGAGUGAAGUCGGCCAUCGCUCACCAGGGAGGGCUGGUAGAUCUACAGUGGGACGGAGGCCUGAAGAGGGCAAAGGUGAAGGAGACGUUUAAAGAGCAGCAGCAGAAGAAGUAUAGCAACAUGGUGGUGGGAGACGACAGCAGCAGCAACAGUGACUGAGAACCCCCACCCAGCACGAUGGACAAACCCCUUGCCCUGUUUUUGUAGGAUUUACAUUAGAAGCAGGCCUCUCUCCUCUAGCAUGUUCUUAUUAGCUGGACCCGGUAUGGAAUAGAGUACUGCCAAGUGGACUUAAAUGAACACUGUGAAAACUUUGGUACAGCUAAAAGGAGGAGAGUCUCAGUGAUUCAUAGAAAACACAAGUGCAAUAUUGACUCUUGUGAGGAACAGAUUAACUGUGAAAAGGGAAAGCUCUUUGAUUUUGUUGCUGCUUAAGAUAUCUACUGUAAUGAUUGAAUAUUAAUACUGAGGGGGAAAAAAAAGCUCUGAAUGAAAUGUGUGAGUGAGGACAAGCCACUGGUUAGACAGGCUGGUUCAUGAAUGUUCACUCUACUCUCACUGUCAGUUGAAUCAUUCAUGGGCUGCUCAUUGUUGCUGUUUUUUUUUUUUUUUUUUUUUUAAAUAAAUUUUAGUUUACAAAUU